AGUCUAUCACUAUGCCAUUUUCAGUAGGCCAGGUGCUUAGAUUUUGUUCGCUUUUCGCCGGAUUUCUAAGUAUUGUUGAUAUGACGAUCAAAUCAGAAGGCUAGGAAUUAAUCCUAUUUGUAAAUAGAAGAGAUCCGCGACUACGGGAACCAGAUAUCUCUGAGGAAAAGUGUUUUUAUAACUUGGUCUUGGUUGGAGAAAGUUGUCAGUGCUUUCUCUCUUCUGACUUCUCUUCCCGAGGACCUAUCCUAUGUGUGAUCUCACAGGCAGUGAUAGUGUAUACCAUUGUAUGUGUGGAUAUGUUUGUGCCAUACUGUUCAGGUAACUGAGUGGGGUAUUUUAUGUAUUCUGUUAUGCAGCCUGCAGGAUUCUAUCCUGGUGAGUCAUUCGGUAUUUCCUGGUGUGUAUUUCUGCUAAUGUCUUCAGCAAGCAUUCCCAAUACAACGGAUUAGUAACUCAAUCUUUAGGAGUUUUCCUCAUGUGGGUACAUUUCAUGUCUGGACAGUGAAGUCAUGAUUCACAAUUCCAUGUAUGCUGGGCAAGGCUCUCCGAGAUCUUCGCGUACAGAUAUAAGCCACGUCGGACAGAGCCCCACAAAAAGUUCUGGCAGCCAUUCAGGAUCAAAUCGAGGCAGCCCAGUUCAUAACCAGGUAUUGUCGCCUAACCGUAGUCGUCGUCGGGACGGACAAAAUCAGGGUGUUAUUCAAGGAAGUCCAUGUCGGUCUAACAGUCCAUUAUCUCUACAGAUGGAUUCCUUGCAGUACAGCAUUCAGUAUUCUAUGCCAAGCCACAAUACUAUGCCCAGUCUUAGCAAUGCUCUGUCGAGCCAUAAUGCUAUGCCCAGCCACAUGGACCACAGGCAGAACCCGUAUCUCAAUGAGAGCGGGCGUUCCACAAGUCCAGUGCCUUCCCCCAGGGGAACUCCCUUCCAGAGUCCAUCGCACAGUCGAUCAAGCAGCAUGACAAGUAUGAAAAACGUCAUGCGUGACCGAUCAGUAGAGAGGGUCGAGCGUGAAAUCGGAGUUGCACAGAAUCGGGGACCCUUGGUGCGCGAUCGUUCGUUAGAUCGCCAGUUAGAUAGAGAGGCCCAAGUGAUCCAACCUAAACCUAGUCCACCACCAGGACGAGACAGGUCUCUUGAUAGGGACUUCUUGACUAGAACCUUAGACAGGCCUGAUUUCAAUAUGUAUGGACGAGUUCGCCAUGGUUCGUUGGAUCAGGAUUACUUCCUUGAUAAAUCCCCAUCCUCAUCUUCUGGCCUGAACAGCUUAGCAGGAGACCCUUUCACGGCAGUGAUGCCGCAUUCACAAUCGCGGGAUCAUCUUCUUCUCGAUUUUCAAACGGAUAUCGCCAAUCUUAAUCAUGAAUGUGCUAAGUUACAACAAGAAUUGGAUCUAAAUAAGGACAAGUUGAAUUCGACCAUGAAUAGUAUUAAAACUUUCUGGAGCCCUGAACUUAAAAAGGAACGUUCCCUUCGCAAAGAGGAAAGUGCAAGGUUUGCACUUUUGAAUGAGCAACUUCGGCAACUACAAUUGGAAAAACAGCAACAGACCAUGACAAUCCAAAGUCUUGAGGAGCAGUUACGAACGGGCCACGAUGCAAACUCUUCACCUCGCUACCAGAUGGCGUCAGAGGACACAGAGGUCGUACGACAAGAGAAUGAAAAGAACGGAAAAGAAAUCAUAAUUUUGCGAAAGACCGUUGAAGAAUUGGAACUGCGGGUCGACACGCAGAAACAGACGCUUACUGCUCGUGAUGAAAGUAUCAAAAAGCUUUUAGAAAUGCUCCAGAGUAAAGGUUUAGCUGUGCAAAUGAUCGAAGAUGACCAGGUGGAAUUAGAAAAGUCGAAAAUGAAAAUUUUUGAAGACGAGAAGCAGAUUCGGCAACUGGAGGGAAUACUUGAUCAGAGGGACCGUGAGAUUAGCAAUUUAAAACAGCGAAAGUCAGUCAUGAAUGAUCUUUCCUCCACAAAAGAAGACCUGAAGCAGAUUCAAGUGGACUGCCAGAAGAUCGAGAAAAGCAGCAACCUAAAUCAGAACUCUCUUCACUCUUUACUAGACACAAAGGAUUCCAAGAUCACUCAGUUAGAAAAUGAUGUGCGGCUACUUGAAGAUGAGUUGGUGCGAUUGCGAGAAGACGGUACGAUGACGCCGCGUGUCCAAGCCAUCGAUGCAAAGCAGAUGGAGGCGAUCAGAGGUCGGGAAAGACUCAUGAAGGGCAAGAUUGACAGUCUCCAGACAGAGCUAUCUCGAAAGGAAACAGAAUAUUGCACUCUGCAAACUAAAAUGGAGACAGUAGAAAAGCAGAGCAUCGACCAACAACAUCAUAUUGCUGUACUGAAAGAACAAAUCAAUGCUAAAGAACAAAGAGCUUCCAUACUCAUGGCAGAUAUUGCUGACCUACGAAACCGACUGCUUGAAAAAGAUAGUGUGAUAGAGCGCAAGGCAAAACAGGUCCAGACCGCACAAGCUGACAAACGGAGGAUGGAGAAUGACCUCAUUGAGUUUAGGGAUCAACUUGAUGUCAAAGAUAGGAAAGUCAGUGUCUUACAGAGAAAGAUUGAAAACCUUGAGGACUUGGUCCACGAUAAGGAGGAUCAACUACAAGCUUCCAGAGCACGCCUUACCAGCCUUCAUGCAGACCAGAGCUCAUCUGAUAGUGCCUUAUCCAGCCUGGAGGAGUCUCUCAGUGAUAGAGAGAAGCAGAUAGAGAGAUUAAAGGAGCAACGUGAUAGAUUGGAACACGACCACCAGGAGGAGAUCGACAUGUACCAAAGAGCAAUUCAGGAGCUGAAGGUCAAGAAUGAUAAGCUUCAGGCAGAACUCUCUGAUCGACAAACUGCCUUACUAGAGGUGAGAGACGAAUUAUCUGAUGCAAAGACUGCCACCUUGAAGAAGAAGUCGGUCGUUGGUGAUAUGGAGAUGAGACUGAACCAGAAGUGUGAAGAAAUUGCCAAUCUCGAGUCAGAGAUAAAGCGGCUUAAAGAACAUGGUCAGAUCAACACGGAGCAAAAUAUCGCAGAUGCGGACAAACGCGUUAAGGAUCUUGAACACCAGGUGGCCAACUAUACAGAGACUGUGACCAAGUCACACCAAGAGGUCGAUCGUCUGCUCGAGAUCCUGAAGGAAAUGGAGAACGAAAAGCAUGAGAAAGACAAAAACAUCAAGGAAUUACAAGACCAAAUCAAAGAACAACGGCAGAAGAUGGGGACGUUAAAACGCAGUCAGCAGACGGAGAAGAAGAAAAACGCACAACUUUUAGAGGAGGCGCGAAAAAGGGAGGAGGAUCGCGAUGAUGACUCAUCACAAUUGAAGACUCUGUUAGAUCAGAAAAGUGAAAGAAUCGAAGAACUAGAGGAAGCCCUGAGAGAAAGCGUCCGGAUCACGGCCGACAGAGAAAUGCUACUUGCCCAACAAGAACAACAACUCGUCGAGGUCGAGAGUGAGGAGGUUAGGGCUUCAGUCAAAAUCUACACUGACGAACUUUCCAAAAUCAAAACUGAUGGUGAAGAAUCUGAUGCUAAGGUCAAACUGCUCACCAAGAAGUUAGAGGUCAAGGAGAACCGCCUGAGAACACUGCAAGCUGAGAGGCGGCAACAUCUAGAGGAAGUCUAUGAAAUGAAACAAGAAGCCAUCCUUGCUGCUAUUUCUGAGAAGGAUGCAAACAUUGGACUGCUGGAGAUGUCAGCAUCUGGACAAAACACAGCUAAGAUACAUGGAGAUGUCGAACGUCUGAGCAAGGAGAAGGACAAACUACAGUCACAACUCAAGGAAUUGACGCAGCGUCGCAUGAAGCUUGUGCAGGUGGAGGAGAGAAAUAAUAAAGAACACGAGAAGAACUCGGAGAAAUUAAAUAAUGCAUCAGCGGAGCAGGUAGUACAAGCAAUCAGGAAAUCCGACCACAGUAAGAAGAAACUGCUCGCCUUUAUCGACCAGUUAGUGGCCGUCUGCCUCGAGAACGACCCUCAGCUACUUGAAGGACUUCCCCGCUGCCAGUUAGAUCCGGGCCUCCCUCUGGAUCAACUGAAAGUUCUCCCCCAUAAUAAGCUUCUCUAUUUGUUCUCCAUCUGCGAAGCCGACGUUCGGCGUCUCCAAAAUUAUGCAAAUAUCCUCCUCCAGCGAUUGCGAGUCACGUGUCCGGAUAAGAUGCAAUGGGUGAUGACCGUCCUUGAAAAUGGCUGAUUUCCAUUGCAAUAUUAAGAAGGAUCGUUACUCCAGCAUUGAUGUGUCUCGUCCUAUAUGAUGAACACUCUUAGGAUUUCAUGUCAUUGGACUCCUACUCUAGUGCCAUCUGAUGGUGAUAUAGACAAUGCCUGCAAACAGUUUCACUGCGGAAUACUCAGUUCUGAGCAUUUUUGCCAGAGCAGAUCAACUUCUUCGAAAUCAGGUGUGAAAAUUUGGAAUUCGCUUUUCAAAUUCUUGGUGACAGGCACACUUUGUUAUUGAUGCCAGCAUGAUGGACUGCUGGCCAAAUAUAAUGUCACUACAAGAGCUCUCUAGGCCAAUAUGACCUUCUUGUUCAAAGGGAAUUCCUCUUCUUGUUCAAUUUGAGAGAAACGUUCUGAUUUUAUACAUCAAUCAAAUUCCGCGAUUUAAUGAGAGAGAUUUAAAGCGAAUCCUUCAGGAUGCCGAACUCUACUUUUUGGUAUUUAGAAAUUGCCUCUUUAUAUAGCUGAGCUUCCUUUGGAUUAAAACUGACAGACAUGAGGACUGUUCUCAACGUGAUAAAUGUACAUGCUUUAAUUUCAAUGUAAAUUAUGACGUUUUGUAUCAAAAAUCUGCAUCAGAUUUCAUUGUUAAUGUUUUUCACAAAAUCUUGUGAGUAAUCUAAUUGUAGGAAUUGGAGGUAUUCCGAUAAUAGUCAAACAUGUAAAACUCUGAAUUGUCUUUGAAAUGUCCUUGACCUAUUGAAGUGCCUUCCGUUAAUGUAGAUGCCCAGGGCUGACAUGGAAUACUUGUUAUCUUAGAUUUUGUAAAAUUAAGGAAUUUGAUUAUAGUGUCACAAUCAAUAGCCUGAGUCUUAUGAAUUGCUGAGGAGAGGAAACUGGUAAACUAGGACAUGGCAGAGGGGAUGGCAUAAUCAGUUUUGAUAUAAUGGUUUUCUUAACACCUCAUUUCAGUUGGGUGGAAAAGGCACAAGUAUUCCUUGUCUAAACUGAGGAAGCAAUCAGACCAUAGUAUUAGGAACAAUCAUAUAUGUAUGUAAAAUUGGAUCAAAAUUAGACUCUUUGUGCAAGUACAUGUAGUUUGAUGACGUCAACAAAAGUUCUUCCUUUAGUAUGUUUAGGUAAUGUGACCCUUUUUAGCAAUCCUGUACAGUUUCAAUAAGGGACUUAGUUGGCAAAAGGUGGCAGUACUAGUUAGUGGCCCAAUGUGGAUGAAAUCGACAUAGGCUUGAAAUCCAUUGUGUGUUUGAGCACUGACUACUGCCACCUAACGGUAAUAAUGUGCCUCAUUGCUUUAACUCGGAAACCAAAUUUUGGGAUUCGGAUUGCUUUUGGGUGCCAUCGUUUCGAGAUGAAAAUGCCAGCUCUUUGAGCUUGUGAUAAUGUACAUAUAAGCUGUAUAUGUGAUCCCUGUCUGAUAUAUAACACUUCAUGUCUUCAAUACAGAAUGUUUUACCAAAUCUGAAACUUUUUUUUUCACGAGAUAUGAAAAGUUGUUACGUUUUGUCUUUCUUCCAGGAAUUAUGAUUGAAAACUUCCCAAAAUGAUUGAUCCCUUCGACAAAAAUUACUCAGUUAUUUGAUUUUGGGUCUAAAAUCAUCUUAAAACUAUGCAAUUGGGAAAAGAUAUUUGAGUUCUGUAGUUUUUAUGACAGAUUAAAAAGGAGAGGCAUGCAAAUUGUUGAUGGUAAUAAGGCGAGUUUUGAAAUGCAUCAGAAGAUGGCCCACGUUACAUUGUUCACACACCUUUGUCACGAAGUUGAUAUAUGUAAUGUUUUAUUUGUAAAUCAGUGUGAUGAUUACUUUUGCUUGUACUACUGGUAUAAUUAUCAUAAAUUGCUUAAAUUUGCUUGUUGAUUUAUUUAUCAGUUCAGUCAAUAAUUUCUCUUUAUAUAGGUUAUAUUAGAAAAAGCUUUCUGAUACCAUUUGUUUCAGUUUAUUUCUUGCUAUUAUUGUAGAAAAUGAUGUAGAAAUCAGCUUGUCAAAGAGACUAAUUUUAGUUCGCUUUAAUAAAGAAGGCUAAAGCAUUUAGGAAUAUGGUAAAAGCUUAUUACAUUAGAAUACAUCAUUAUAGGUGUUGGAGUAAGCAAGAUGCUGAUUAGACAAAUGAUGAAUAGAACCAAGAAAUAAAACUCAAGCAAUGAUCAAUACUGAUCAUUUGGUGCUAUUGUCUUCAAAUCUGGGGUUGCAUCAAAAUGAUUUGUUACCUACAUGUAUUCGAAGGUUACUGAUUGGUUGAUAAUGAAUUCAAGUGUUCCAAUGGUUUACUUUUUUUUUUUUACUUAUUGCACAAUAAUUUAGUUUAGUUUAUAAUAUUCCUUUACUGAUAAAAACAAAUAAUAUUUUUCGUCAUUGAACCCACCGAUUUCGGAAAACUGUAUACAUUGGCCACAUAUUGCUUUUUCUAGUUGUUUACUAUUGCCUAUAAAGUGUUGGCCAGAAAAAUUGCACCAUGUAUUAUAUUGUGCUUCAUCGUUGUGUAUAUCUUUAUAUCAUUAUUAUUUCAUGCAAUAUGUUCAAGCUAUUUUGCACAUUUGUCGUUGGGCCUGCAUUUUAUAUUGGUGUUUGGGAAUUUAUUUUCACAAAAAUUGGUCCCAGGUGGUCAGCUUGAGCACUGAUGCUGGUGGUUAACAUGAUGAAGUACCUGGUGGUAAGUUUGUUCAAUGUACCGGGGUACUGGAUAAAGUGCAUGAAAGUUAUCAUAAAAUAUGUUGAUUUUUCAAAAGCCUCUUAAAACGAUGGCAUAAGUACAUUGUAGGAUCAUUUAAUCAUUUCUUUGUAUUUAUAUCAACAAGUGUAUAAAUAUGUAUCAGAUUAUGUAAUAUGAUAUAAAUAAUCAACUUAUGGGAAACUUUGUAUAUUUUGUUUAUAAUUGUUUUAAAUUCAAUAAAAUUGAUUUUUAUUAGGAA